AUGGGCUUGGAGCUGAGCGCAAAGAUGGCUAGGCAUCCAUCGGUGGCGGUUGUUGACACGAAGUGUUUGGAUUCCGGAGAUCAGACUGAUUCUGGGCGGCUUAUGAAUGCACAAUCUAACGAAGAAUGUGGUGUCACAAUCACAAAAUCCGACACGAACGACCUAAGGAAUCACAGCGGCUCCGAUGGUUCGGUUAUUCCGUUUCCGUUCGAUGAAGAUGAACAGAACGUCAUCGGCCAAUCACCACACGACAUGCCCGAUCGCUCAACAAGGUCUCUACAGGAUGAACUCUUCUCGGAGCUAAUACCAACACAUCAUGAGAAGCAAGGUUUUUUCGCCAAGGACCAACUGCCCAAGAUUUUGACUGAACACCGGGUCCGACAUGAGCUUACCACUCACUUCAAGAACUCCUUCAGCGAAAAAACCAUUGCCUCAUACGCGAAGAAAUUAAGUCAGGAUACCACUACUCAUCGAGACCAAAGCUUAUGCCAUGACGGCCAAGUCAAUAGCAGAUCAUUCAUAAAAGUUCUUGCCAUUCUCAUCAUCAUACAGAAGACCAAGGACAUUCUCAAAAUUUUGGAGGAUGGUGUGAGCGACUCUGACUUGCCAUUAAUCAAGGUUCCUCGACCCAGAGACGAGAAGCUGUUCGAUCUCAGGCUCAGUAGAGAACCCGCCACGGUUUUGAGGGGCUUUCAGAGUUGGGACCAGCUCAGUAUCCGAAAUUUUGAAGAAUGGCAGUGGACGACUUUACCUCUUGUGUUCUCCCGGUCUAAAGGGCAUAGAGAGGUCACGCAUCAUUUGCUUCAAGACCAGAUCAUUCUGCCGUUCGUCAAGACCAACCUGGGGAAUGAACCGCACAUAUCCCAUAAGACAGCGCUUGAAGGCGGCUUUGCUAGCGUCUUCAAGGUCGCCAUCCACCCUCAGCACCACAACUUCCAUAAAUCACCAGACAAAUCCAACGCUUCAUGUUUCGCAAUCAAGGGUCUGCACUCUCAGAACCGAACAGCCUUCAAAAAAGAGGUAGAGAUGCUCAACAAAUUCAGCGGCAAUAAGCAUGAGCAUCUUAUAUCUCUCCUGGCUACGUAUGAACAAUGUGACCGCUUCUUCCUGGUCUUCGAUUGGGCCGAGGCGGAUUUGCAAGGAUAUUGGACAAGAAUCAACCCCUCGCCCUCGUUCGAUAGGAACUCAGUCCUAUGGUUGGCAAAACAAUGCAAGGGGAUCGCGAGCGGCAUAACGAAGAUCCACGAGCAUGUUUCCACCUACUUAAAGUCAGAUCCAAACCCGGCGGGAAACCACAACGUUGUAUUUGGACAUCAUGGUGACAUCAAGCCGGAGAAUGUUCUGUAUUUCGCCGGACCGGACCAGGCUGAUGCCAGUGUCGGGGGAACGCUCAAAUUGUCCGACUUUGGCCUUGCAGAAUUCAGCAUCCAUCAAACGAAGUCCAUGACACCAAGAGGCAAAUGGGGUGUGUCGCUGGGCUAUCGUGCGCCAGAGGUCGAUCUCAAGCAAGGCGCAGCCAUAGGACGUUCAUACGACAUAUGGACGUUGGGGUGCCUCUAUCUUGAAUUCAUCACCUGGAUGCUCGGAGGUAGUCAGUUGCUUGACGAAUUCCUGCUAGCAAGGACGGCUCGCGAUGUUAUGUGGCAUGACAUCGAGACCCACACCUUUUUUGAGUUGGAGAUUGAAGAGAGAACGGGCGAGAAAAGAGCGAUCAUUAAACCAGUGGUGGAACAGUUCAUCAAGAAACUACAUUCACACCAAAACUGUUCCGAAUUCAUCCAUGAAUUUUUGUCCAUGGUUGAGCAUGACCUUCUAGUAGUGAAGAAGAACGAUCAACAGCAGAUCGAUCGAGUCAGCAUACAGCAGGUCUACCAGGAGUUUUCACGCAUGCUCAAAAGGUGUGAGAGUGAUCAGGAAUAUGCCAUCAAAUCGUCUUCCGGGUCACAGGGCUAA